AUGGCAGAAUUAACUGUCCCAGACCAUCUACAAGCAUACCUUGACUACGUUUGCCAGGCUUACGAGGCCACUCUGAUCGAGUCCCCAAAGUACCGCAACAUGGCUGAACAAACAGUCCCAGAACGUCUACAAGCGCUGCUUACGAUCGUCCGCGAGGCCAACCAGAUCGAGUCCGAUCGCAUACCGCUCGAGGCCUUCCUGGCAAGUCUGCAACAUAAGCCUGCCGAAACUGGAGAAAGGUCGUCUGAGGAUUCUCAAUUACCAGAUUCCCUGGUCCCGCACCGCACUCAAACUUCCCCUGAGGCCGUCUCCCGUGCAGUACAGACCGAUUCCGCAACUAUCUCGCUCUGGGAUGCAGUAGUCCCCCAGGCCCGUACUGAAGGCUACGGUCGUGGCUUCCAUGAGGGAAUCGAUGUCGGUUACAAAUCCGGAUUUGAAGAAGGCAAGAGCUUGAACAUGUCGGAGGCCUUGUCUAUGGGCUUCGAGAGGGGGAAGAUAGAGGGGUUCAAGAUGGCACAGGAGCAGCACAAGGCCCUUGAGCAGGAGCGCAACGUCGAACUUGCAAAAGAACUUGCAGAUGAAGCCAGGGUCUUGGAAGCUCAGAGGGCUGUAGGUCAAGCGGCGGAGGACAUGGAUCAAGACUGCGUUAGCAAGUACUGCGUGGACGACAAGGCUGCAGGCAUGGACAACAAGGCUGCAGGCGUGGACAACAAGGUCUCAUCCAAGGGUGUGACAGUAGAGAAGUCUCGGGCUAUUUCCACAACCUUCGUAGGGGGUAGGGCUACAUCCAACGGCAUGAUGCCGAAGCAGUCUCCGACUGUUUCCAGGGCAUUCGUGGACGACAAGGUCGCAUGCAACGGCAUGUCGUGGAAGGAAGCUCGGAUUGUCUCCGCAGCUGUGACGAGCAAGGAAAAGAAAGCCCAGGCUACAAGCAACGGAGCGGAUCCAUUUGCAGUGCUCCUACCGCUGAUGCGCAACAAGUAA